AUGAAGACACAGACUUCCUUGGCCACAGCUGCCGCGCUGUUCACAUCCUUUGCUUCGGCCCUCGACUACCUUAGCAUCGCCGGCUCAAACUUCAUCAACAACUCCACAGGCGACCGGUUCGAUAUCAUUGGAGUCACAUAUCAGCCUGGUGGCUCAGCAGGAUUCGAUGGCACGUCUGAUCCCCUCAGCGAUGCCACAGCCUGUCUCCGAGAUGCCAUCCUCCUGCAGCAGCUUGGUGCCAACACGAUCCGUGUCUACAACCUUUCGCCUGACCUGAACCACGACCAGUGUGCUUCUAUCUUCAACGCGGCGGGCAUCUACAUGAUCAUCGAUGUCAACUCGGGCCUGACCGGUCAGUACAUUGACCGGUCCGACCCUGGCAGCACCUACACGCUGGACUACAUGAAGCACAUCUUCGCCAUGGUCGAGGCGUUUUGGAGCUACCCCAACCUGCUGGGCUUCUUCGCGGGCAACGAGAUCCUGAACCAGGACAGCUCCUCGGACGCGCCUGCGUACAUCCGCGCCGUGGUGCGCGACAUGAAGGAGUACAUCGACCUGCACGCGCCCCGCACCAUCGGCGUCGGCUACUCUGCCGCUGAUGUGUCGACGAUGCUGCAGGACACCUGGUCGUACCUGGGCUGCACCCUGGAGAACUCGACCUACAGCAAGAUGGACUUCUUCGGCCUCAACGACUACGAGUGGUGCGGCGACAGCUCCUACACCGAGUCCGGCUACGACACCCUCGUCACCGACUUCUCGGGCACCGACAUCCCCGUCUUCUUCAGCGAGUACGGCUGCAACCUGGUCACCCCCCGCACCUUCACCAACGUGCCCGUCCUGUACGGCUCCGACAUGACUGAGCUCUCGGGCGGCCUGGUCUACGAGUACUCCCAGGAGAGCGACGACUACGGCCUGGUCGCCAUCAACUCGUCCACCGAGGUGACCCUGCUGGAGGACUACAACUUCCUCAAGGAGGAGUUCGCCAAGAUCGACACCAGCCUCAUCACCGCCGCCAACAAGACCGCCGAGGACGCCGCCGUCACCACUUGCGCCUCCUCCCUCAUCACCGAGUCCACCUUCCUGGCUGACUGGGACCUGCCCACUCGCCCCUCGGGCGGUGACUCUCUCGUCACCAGCGGAAUCACCAGCGCCUCCACCGGUGCCAUCACCAGCGUGACCGCCACCUCCAUGCCCGCCACCGUCUACAACUACACCGGCGCCACUGUCACCGGUCUUGCCCUCAACGCCGACUCUGCCGGCACCGCCUCCUCCAACAGCAGCAGCUCCUCCAAGAGCGCCGCCAACGCUGUCUCCGUCGACUACCGCGCCAUGGCCGUCGUCGGCUCCAUCGUGGCUGCCUUCAUCGGUGGUGUCGCCGCUCUGUAAGGAAAGCCUUGCGGAUCGGGAUGAGAAUGACAAGUUUAGUAGACAGAAGAAGGGGGUUCCAGCAAGAUGGGAUUGAGUCCUGCCUUGGGGAUUAUUGUCAUUGAUGCAUGAUCAUAUUUAAUGGUUUCAUGGAUCUCGAGGCGUUUUUGGGACUGAACUGGCUCAGCUUUAAAGGUGGUGGGUUUCAAUUACCUUUCAGACAUGCAAAUAUGUCUUGGCAUGAAUUUGUAGGGAUCGGAGUCUUGUUCUGAACAUAUAUAUACCUUUCUGGGAACACUUUUUUUUCUUUUUAUAUGGAGAUAGCAUAGAAUGGACCGUGUCCGUUAAUGAAGAGAGAUUUCGCUUUUUG